AUGUCGGUCUCCAAGGUUCAUUCUAGAUACGUUUACGAUUCGCGUGGUACUCCUACGGUGGAGGUUGAGGUCACCACAGGUAAGGGGCUGUUUAGAGCGAUCGUUCCCUCGGGUGCAUCUACUGGUGUUCACGAAGCGGUGGAGCUAAGAGACAAUGACAAGUCUAAAUGGUUGGGAAAAGGUGUCCUCAAGGCUGUUUCCAAUGUUAACAGUAUUCUUGGACCAAACUUAGUGAAGUCAGGUUUGAAGGUGACAGAUCAGAAGGCAGUGGACGAUCUACUGAAAAAACUGGACGGUACUGAUAAUAAGGGCAAGCUUGGUGCUAAUGCAAUCUUGGGUGUAUCUAUGGCAGUUGCUCGCGCUGGCGCUGCCGAAAAAAUGUGCCACUUUACGAGCACAUUGCCGAUCUGUCCGGCACGAAGAAGGAUAAAUAUGUGCUGCCAGUUCCAUUCAUGAAUGUUCUCAAUGGUGGUGAGCAUGCUGGUGGCAGUUUACCUUUCCAAGAGUUCAUGAUUGGUGCAACGUCGGCUACGUCCUUUGCCCAAGCCGUUCAGUGGAAUUCUGAAGUUUAUUACACGUUGAAAGCUCUUGCUAAGAAGAAGUAUGGAUCUUCUGCUGGAAACGUCGGUGACGAAGGAGGUGUUGCACCUGACCUGCGAACCGCUGAGGAAGCUUUGGAUUUGAUUGUCGAAUCGAUCAAAACAGCUGGCUACGAGGGCAAGGUUAACAUUGCCAUGGAUGCUGCUUCUUCGCAGCUCUUCAAGGAUGGAAAAUAUGACUUAGAUUUCAAGAAUGCGAAAUCAAAUCCAGAUGACUGGCUUACGACCGAACAAUUGACAAAGAAGUACCACGAAUUGGUCAGAAAGUAUCCUCUUGUGUUUUUGGAGGAUCCUUUUGCAGAAGAUGACUGGGGGUCUUGGAAUAAAUUCUACGCAUCAAAUGUGGGUGUGCCUGUGGUGGCAGAUGAUUUGGUAUGUACAAACCCGGUCAGAAUUGCAAAAGCAAUCAAGGAACAGUCCGCCGAUACGUUGCUGUUAAAGACAAACCAAAUUGGUACAGUUUCAGAAACACUCAUGGCCUCGAAACUAGCGCUAGAAGCAGGCUGGGGCGUACUCGUUUCUCAUAGGUCCGGUGAAACCGAAGACACAUUUAUUGCAGACCUCGUUGUUGGUCUCAGGACUGGUGAGAUCAAGUCGGGGGCACCAACUAGGUCAGAAAGGUUGGCAAAGUACAAUCAAAUUUUACGGAUUGAGGAAGAGUUGGGUGACAAUUGUAUCUAUGCAGGGUAUAAGUUUCACGACGGUUUCAAGUUGUAG